UUUCCGGAACUUUCUGGGGGGGAGGGGGGCGGCCUCGCUCUCCCCGCCUCCGGCCUCCACCCAGGGUAGGGCGGGGCGGGCCCCCGCAGGGAGCGGCUGCUUUUGCUGCGCCAACGCUGUGGCCGGAGGCUCCGCGCACCUUUGGCCUGAUCCAGCCUGAAGAUGACUCCGCUGGCCGCUGUGGUGUCUGUCCCCCGUGCCCGACUCUUUGCCUGCUUCCUCAGGCUGGGCACUCAGCAGGCCAGCCCACUUCAGCUGCACACAGGGGCCAGCCUUGCAGCCAAGAACCACUAUGAGGUGCUGGUGCUGGGUGGGGGUAGUGGUGGGAUCACCAUGGCCGCCCGCAUGAAGAGGAAAGUGGGCGCAGAAAACGUGGCCAUUGUUGAGCCCAGCGAGAGACAUUUCUACCAGCCAAUCUGGACCCUGGUGGGUGCUGGUGCCAAACCAUUAUCCUUAUCUGGCCGUCCCACAGCGAGUGUGAUUCCAUCUGGUGUAGAGUGGAUCAAAGCUAGAGUGGUUGAUCUGAACCCAGACAAGAACUGCAUCCGCACAGACAACGACAAGGAGAUCUCCUACAGAUAUCUUAUCAUUGCUCUCGGAAUCCAGCUGGACUAUGAGAAGAUUAAAGGCCUCCCCGAAGGUUUUGCCCAUCCCAAAAUAGGGUCCAAUUAUUCAGUGAGGACAGUAGAGAAGACAUGGAAAGCUCUGCAGGACUUCAAGGAGGGCAAUGCCAUCUUUACCUUCCCCAAUACUCCAGUGAAGUGUGCCGGAGCCCCACAGAAGAUCAUGUAUUUAUCAGAAGCCUAUUUCAGGAAGACGGGGAAGCGAUCCAAGGCCAAUAUCAUUUUCAAUACUUCUCUUGGAGCAAUUUUUGGGGUCAAGAAGUAUGCAGAUGCCCUGCAGGAGAUUAUCCGGGAGAGGAACCUCACUGUUAACUACAAGCAAAACCUCAUUGAAGUCCGAGCUGAUAAACAAGAGGCUGUUUUUGAGAAUCUGGACAAACCUGGAGAGACCCAAGUGAUUUCAUAUGAAAUGCUUCACGUUACACCACCAAUGAGCCCACCAGAUGUCCUCAAGACAAGUCCUGUGGCUGAUGCUGCCGGCUGGGUGGACGUGGAUAAAGACACUCUGCAGCACAAGCGGUACCCAAAUGUGUUUGGGAUCGGGGACUGCACCAACCUGCCAACGUCAAAGACUGCUGCUGCCGUAGCUGCCCAGUCAGGAAUACUUGACAGAACAAUUUCUCUGAUUAUGAAGAAUCAGACACCAGUGAAGAAGUAUGAUGGCUACACGUCCUGUCCACUGGUGACUGGCUACAACCGUGUGAUUCUUGCGGAGUUUGACUACAAUGCUCAGCCCCUGGAAACCUUCCCCUUUGACCAGAGCAAAGAGAGACUUUCCAUGUACCUCAUGAAGGCUGACAUGAUGCCAUUCCUGUAUUGGAAUGUGAUGCUAAGGGGUUACUGGGGAGGACCAGCCUUUCUGCGGAAGUUGUUCCAUCUGGGGAUGAGCUAAGGAUGGGUCAACCUUGCUCUCCUUGGAUGGCUUCUGGACCAAAAUCACAGCCACUGAUUGACCAAGAACAGCACGAAGAAUUCAAAACCUAGCCCCGUAAAGAAUUUACUGCUGGAUGAUGGUGACCAGUGCCUCCCUUUCAGUCCCUCUGGACAGCCACCGUGCAGCCUGCCCAGGAUAAGCUUGAUUCUUUGGAAACAUUCAAAUGAAAGAACAGACUUCUAUUUUUUAAAUAAAAGCUUGCCAUUGAUUGAGAUUCUAUGAGAAAA